AAGAGCGGCAGGGCAUAAGUUAAGUGAGAAAAGUGUUAACAAAAAAGCCGUCAAAAUUAUUAAAAACGUGCAAAACGCAGGCCGCAAGUCAUUGACUAAAAUGGCAAUACAGCUGGACAAGAUCCUGGCGGACAUUGCCAAGGAGAAGGCAUUGCAUCCGAACAACGCUGGUGCCACCAAACAGGAGCAGGAUGACGCCUGGGCGCGCAUUGGACGACUCAAUAAACUGACUGUGCAUGAGUCGCGCUCCAUUUUCAUUGUGCUGCAGAAGAAAUACGAGCAGGAGAAAUUGAAAGGCAACUCGGGUUGGAAACUGUUUGGACUUAUGCAAAAGAUCCAUCAGGAGCCCAAGGUGGUGGUCAAGACGGAAGAGGAACCACUGCCCAUGGAGGAGGUGGAGGAGUACGAAAUGCUCGAGGUACAGGAGCAGGAGGAUGAUGACGACUGUUCGGCCACUGGGACACCACCGCUCUAUGGCCAGACAGCCAAUUCGACUGGCUCGGCCAGCUCAGAUGGCGACAGUCCCACAAAAUCGCACAGCACUGGCAGUGCCACACCCGAAAAGGAGGAUAAACCGCAAUCAAAACCCAUUGUGGACACGCCGCGUCCAGCAUUUGAGGAGAAGAAGCUGCUCAACACCAUGGCCAGCAAUCCACAGCGCUCCAGCAGCUCACAGGCAACCGCAGUCUCGGUGGCAGCAGCAGCACUCCAAAAGAAAGGCAUCACCUUAAAGAAGACGCCUAGCAGCGUCUCGGCUGGACACAAGUCGUCACAUGGAGCAUCCACAACACAGCAGCAGCAGCAGCAGAGUAGCAAUAAGGCCUCGUCCUCUGUACGCACCACAAUCCAGCUGCCAGAGGCAAUGAAACGCAAGUUGUCGGAUGAAUGCGCCACUUCGACAGGGCAAAAGAAACUGAUGAAGACUCAGACAAGUCCCAAGCAGGCACAAGCAUCCACUGCGGAGCCAACAACUCCAACAGCAUCCACAUCCAACUCGAAUGUGGUUCACACCACCACCGCCCAAUUGCUGCAGGUGAAGAAGGAGCGGGAAAGCAAUCAAUCACCUCCGCCAGGCAUUAAUAUUAUAACCAUACCAGCCUCACAGCAGCUCAAUGGCAAUUUGGUGGGUGGUGGUGGUGGCAACUCCUCGACAGCUGCCACAAUGGCAUCAACAUCGGUGGCCAGCACUAAUGGCUUCUCGCCGCACAUUGAGGAGCUGGACUUUAAGAAUGAAAUCAUCUUUGAUUCGGCCAAGGUGAAUGCCGGCUCCCAUGCCACACCCGAGAUUAUCAAUUUGGGCAACUUUGACAACUCACUGCCGCCCACUUUCUUCAAGAAUCUGUGCAACUCCACACGACACGAGUCCCUCGGUCUCUAUGUGGCCAAUGUAAUGAAUCGACUCUCGAGACGCGGCGCUGCCAAACUUGAGUUGGGCAUUCUCCGGGCCAUUGUCGAUGUGCAGAGCGAUGAGCUGGAGCAGUAACCCAGUAGCAACAAAUACCACAUACAGUAGACAUUUAACAGGUGGACAACAACCAAGUAGCCAAGUAGUUGAGAGCUGCAGAACAGCUCAGUUUUAAUUUAUGACAUUAUUGGAAACGAGUCAACAGAAAGUUUACAAAUCUGCUGCAUAUCUGAACAAUUAUUUGGUCAGAAUUGUUUACAAUAGCAAUCACUUUUAAACCUUAUCAAUUUUAGACUUGUUCAUCAAAUAAUUACUGUAUUAAGUGCUCGUGUAAACUCUCAUUUUAAUUGGUAUUAUUGUGAAUUGCUACGUUUAUGCAGAAACAUAAAAUGUAUCGAGCUAUUAUAAUAUUUAAAUUAUAACAAUUUUAUACCUUGUAAUUCGACGUCUUUGUGCUUCGUAUAAACGUAGAAAUUGUCACCCAUCUCCACAAACUCAUGUCAUUUUAGUUUGUAAGUUGAAUUGAUCAUUUCAUUGCAAAUACAUGAAUACAUUAAAAACCAUAUGAUAAUAUUAUAAAUAAAGACGCAUUAUAGCCCACUUA